AUGGGUUGUAAGUGUAAUAGAAUUGAGCCUGAAACAGAGCCAAUUGAAAUUAAAGAUCCAGUACCUGUUAAAGCUAAUGAACCAGUAAUAUCCACCAUACCAUAUCGAAAUGAUUCUCGAAGUAAAUCAACAAGUUCUUUGAAUAAUGAAGAGAUUAUUGAUGAUGAUAGACUGAUAGAUUCUUUAAUUCAUGCAUCAAGAGUUAGUCGUAAUUUUAUUGAAAUUGAAAUUGCUGAUUCGAAAGCAUUCAAUAAAUCUUUUAUACAACAACGUCAAUUAGCGAUUGAUAAUCGUUUCUGUCGUUCAACUAUUGAUUCAUGGCGUCCAAAAUCUCUUCAACAGUUAGUUAAUAUUAUUCAAUCCUUAUCAAAUAAUCAAUCAUUAAUUGAUUGUCAUUGGAUUAUAUUCUAUUGGAUAACUUGUAAUAUUGAAUAUGAUACAGUAUCAUAUUUUAGUAAAAAUUAUCAAAAUCAAUCAGCUGAAAAUGUAUUUCGAACAAAGCAAGGUGUUUGUGCUGGUUAUGCAAAUAUUUAUAAAUAUUUAUGUGAUCAAUUAAAUCUAAAAUGUGAAAUAGUUAGUGGAUAUUCUAAAGGUUAUGGAUUUGAUAGUCGAGAAGAUGUGCCAACAGAUACAGAUCAUGCAUGGAAUGCUAUAGAACUAGAUGGUCAUUGGUAUCUGAUGGAAUCAACAUGGGGUGCUGGACGACUUACUGAUGAAAAACUUUUUCAACCUGAACUAAACACUUAUUAUUUUUUUCCUCGUCCAAAUGAAAUGAUUUAUCAUCAUUUACCUGAAAAUGAUAAAUGGCAAUUAUUACGUACACCAAUUCAAAUGAAACAAUACUUACAAAUGCCAAAAAUCGAUCCAAUUUAUUUUCAGUUGGAUCUUAAUUUAAUCAGCCCAUAUAAUCAAGCUUUUAUUAAUCUUCUUCCACGAAAAUCAUAUGCAUUAGUUCUUAUACGGGCUCCAUCGGAUGUACAACUUAUGGCAAGUUUAAAAUUACAUGAAAAAGAUAUAGAAGGUGGACAUCGAGUUGAAUUUGAUACUAAAAGACAGUUAUAUCGUUGCUAUUUUGCUCCGAAUAUUAUUGGUGAAUAUAAAAUAACAAUUUUUGGUAAACGAGAUAAUACAGAUGAAGUUAAAUAUAGUGCAGCAGUUGAGUUAAUUCUUGAUGUUCAACAAAGAAUAAAAAAUCCAAUUAGUUAUCCAAAAACAUGGAAGAAUUUUUUUGAUUUAAAUUUAAAUAUAAUUUCACCGAAAAAUACACAUUUAAUUAACGUACAUAAUGGAAUAACACAUGCAGAAAUCUUAAUUCAAACACCGGACGAUCUUGAAUUACUUGGACGUCUUGUUCGCAUUGAUAAUGGAGGAAAAAUCAAAGGUGGUGAUGAAGUUUUUUAUGAUCGACAUAAAAAAUUAUGGCGGUGCAGAUUCGCACCUAAUACUGAUGGAAUAUUUGAUGCCCAGAUUUCAGCUAAGAAAAAAUCCGAUAGUGGUUCUUAUACAUCUGUUGUAUCAUUCAAAAUUGAUGCCAAAAAUAUUCCAACACCUCCAUUAUCUUAUCCAGAAACAUGGCCGAAAUUUUUUAAUUUAAAUCUAAAUAUAAUUUCACCAAAAAAUACACAUUUAAUUAACGUACAUAAUGGAAUAACACAUGCAGAAAUCUUAAUUCAAACACCGGACGAUCUUGAAUUACUUGGACGUCUUGUUCGCAUUGAUAAUGGAGAAAAAAUCAAAGCUAAGAAAAAAUCCGAUAGUGGUUCUUAUACAUCUGUUGUAUCAUUCAAAAUUGAUGCCAAAAAUAUUCCAAGAACUCCAUUAUCUUAUCCUAAAACAUGGCAAAUCUUUCACGAUCUUAAUCUAAAAAUAAAAGCACCAAAGAACCGUGCUGCAGUUAUAUGGCCUAAUAAUGCAUCUUAUAGUGAAAUUCGUAUGUCAGCACCAGAUAAUGUUAUACUCUCUUGUGCUCUUGAAUAUAAUGGUAAAAAUGAACAAGAUUUUACUUUAGAACAGUUCGACAAUAAUAAACAACAAUGGCAAUUACUAUUUGCACCUCAGCAUACAGGUCAUCAUAAACUAACUAUCUUUGCUAAACGCCAAUCUGAUGAUGUUGGUACAUCGUCAAAUUCCGCUGUGCAGUUCGAUCUUAAUGUCACAAAGCUUCAACAAAAAAUUAAAUUUCCUACAUUAUAUGAGCAAUUUUCUACGAAAAAAUGUCAAAUCUAUGAACCAUUUAAUGGUGUACUUAAAUCUGGUACUAUCGUACCAAUUAAAUGUUUUAUUCCUGGAGCAAAGGAUAUUGGAUUACAAGUUGAUUCGAAAUGGGUUGAAACGAAUGAAUAUGAAAAUUCGAUUUUAAAAACACAAGUAACAGUUGGCUCAAAAGACGUAACUAUUUAUGCUAAAUACGGACAGGAUACGAAAUACGAUGGACUUAUUAAAUAUUCUGUUGAAUAA